UAUUCGGCCAAUAGGUGGCCCAGUGUAUUGCAUUGUACGUUUAGAAUAUUAUAUCCUAAUAUCCUAAGAUUAAAAAACAGUAGCUAGCUCGCUAGCUGCGGUAGUAAAACAUGCAGAAAUAUGAAAAGCUUGAGAAGAUUGGGGAGGGUACCUACGGAACAGUCUUCAAAGCCAAAAACAGAGAAACCCAUGAAAUUGUAGCUCUCAAGAGAGUGAGAUUAGACGAUGACGACGAGGGUGUUCCAAGUUCAGCGUUGCGGGAAAUCUGCUUAUUGAAAGAACUUAAGCAUAAAAAUAUAGUCAGGUUGCAUGAUGUUCUACACAGCGAUAAGAAGUUGACGUUAGUGUUUGAGUACUGCGAUCAGGAUUUGAAGAAAUACUUUGACAGCUGCAAUGGUGACUUGGAUCCUGAAACAGUGAAGUCAUUCAUGUACCAGCUGUUGAAAGGAUUGGGCUUCUGUCACAGUCGGAAUGUUCUACACAGGGAUCUUAAACCUCAGAACCUCCUCAUCAACCGAAACGGCGAACUGAAGCUGGCCGAUUUUGGGCUGGCUCGGGCUUUUGGCAUUCCGGUGAGGUGUUACUCCGCUGAGGUGGUGACGUUGUGGUACAGGCCACCGGAUGUGCUGUUUGGCGCCAAGCUGUACUCUACCUCUAUUGACAUGUGGUCUGCAGGCUGCAUAUUUGCAGAGUUGGCAAAUGCUGGAAGACCCCUGUUUCCAGGAAAUGAUGUCGAUGACCAGUUGAAGAGGAUCUUCCGAUUGUUGGGAACACCAACAGAGGAGCAGUGGCAGACUAUGACCAAACUCCCUGAUUAUAAGCCGUACCCCAUGUAUCCAGCCACGACUUCGCUGGUGAAUGUUGUUCCUAAGCUGAGUGCCACCGGGCGCGACCUGCUGCAGAACCUGUUGAAGUGCAAUCCAGUCCAGCGAAUCUCGGCAGAGGAAGCCUUGCAGCACCCCUACUUUGCCGACUUCUGUCCCCCGUAGACGUCUGGCAGCCUCCGCCAGCAGGACUCCGCAGCCACGGUCCUCUUUCGACCUCCAACCAAACGGUCACAACCCAAAGAGGGUACUACUUCCCCCUCUCUUUACGCAUCCCAGUGCAUCAGGAACGCAGUCAUUUUCAGACAGUCAUCUCUUACAUCAUCUUACAGUCUACUACUUGCAUCAGGGGGGCUUUUGCUUUAUUGUGAAGGUAACCGAUGUCAGCCCCCAACACAACACGGGCCCGCCUUCAACACAACACGGCUUAUAGCAAUAAGUAAAGCCUGGCCUAGCGGGGGCUCCAAAUCGCCUUAAUGAUGACAACCCAGUUCCAACUCUGAGCCAUUUCUGUCUCCACAAGGGUGAACUUAGAUUAAAUCAGACAUUUUAAAUCUUUGAUGAAACCCCUGCCGAGGAAAUGUCUGGCAAUUUACGUGCUGUGCUUUUUUUAUUUUUACAUCUUAUCAUUUAGGUUAGACAGCAGAAGAUGGUAAUGAACUAAACUUCUCACACUGAUAAUAAAAAAGCAGUUUAGAAGCACAAUGCUGCAUGCUGUUGUUGGAGCUUCAUCUGCUCCAGAAGCCAAUUCCAGCCAAAACUGCAACCGUAACUCCAGAAUGGGAAUUUGGAAUCAUUAUAGCUUUCAGCAUGGUACCGUACAAAUUUAUCUUUUACCACUUCCUAAAAUGCAUUUGAGAUUUGUAUAAUUUAAAGGAAAAAUAUGUUAUUUAUCUUGACGUAUUGUAAUUAUACAGGCCUCCUUGUUGUAACCCAUUCUUUAAUUGUAAUGCACUUUCAGUAUCUUAAGGGCAACAGUUGUAGCUUUUUCUCCUCUUUAUUUUAAAUGGCUUGUUCAUAUUCAUAAGUCAGUUGAACACUGUAAGUGGAGGUGUCUCACUCACCCACUGUUGGUAUUGAAUAUUUCUUUGAAGAGUGGACCAUAAUUAUUUCAGAUGUUUUUGGUUUUUUUGUAUUAUGAUUUCUCUUUGUUGUUACUGUUAUCUUGUAUUAUUGAAUUGGUGUCUUUAUUGACAUGAAACUGCUACCACAAUGGAUGAAAAUAUUAAUUGCUUCUCAUUUCCAUUAAUGCAAAAGAAGUAACGUUUUAUGAUGCAUUUAAGCACAUUUGAAAACAAUCAGUCCUACAAAUUCAGAGUAUGUAAUAUCUUGAGUACCAAACAUUCUGUGGCAGCAAAAGUUCACUAACGGGUAUUUUAUUUUUGGUGCGUAUCUCGUGUGAAUGAAUCAGUGUUACCAUUUUAUCCCUACUAUAAAGUAAUUCAUAAAGCAACCUGUUACUUAAUACAGAAUUAGCUAUUCAUGUUUGUUAUGAAAGGGCCAUUUUUUGGUCAUCAAAUAUUCACCAGUAUGCUUCGUCCACAUCUGCAAUAUUGUUUCAAAAAUAGUCUACUGACAAUGAUUCCACUCAUUUAGAACUUAGGUAUGUGACUGACUGCCUGCCUGCAUUGAUUCUCAGAUGCAGAGUAGAUACAAAUGCUUUGAGAGUAGACCAAUUCAUUUUUCAAAAUGGCUACUUCCUAAUUGCACCUGGCAAUUAAGUUUUUUUUGUAUUUAUUAUUAUUUUUAAACCAUGUAUUAAAUCUAUUGGAAAGCCAUUAUGUACAAAAUUACAAAUCUGGUAAGCACUACAGUUGGCCAACACAACAAUAUAUAUAUAUAUAAUUGUAAGUAUUUUAUAAUUCUAAUUAGCAAAUCGGUCAUACAGCUGUUUCACAUUAUGGGACUACAUGAAGGUUCCUACAGAAUGUUUUGAGUUAAACUACUGUAUUGUAUCCUCAGUCAGCAUGCAAGUUGCUAGCAGACCAGGUACCUUCUGUGGUAGUUCCUGAGCUAAGCCAAACCACGGACAUGCUUUUGAAUUUGGAUUCUAUUUUGUGCUGUGGAAGACGUUGAACCCUUGGAUUUUAACAAACCCGGCAUCAUAUUAGAAUAAUUCAGAUCUGACUGCUUAUAGUAAAUCAUGAGUUGAUUGGAUAGGAACACUUUGUGGAGUUGCGACACUAUAAUUUAUGGUACAUGUCUUGUAUUUGAAGCAUUGAUUGAUUAUUUGACAAGUGGACUAUUGGUCCAUGAAAGUAUAUCUUUCCUGGCUGUGAGAAAAUAGAAAAUCCAGUUCUGACGUGUAGGACUUUUUCUAUUUUAUGACACAUCAAUGAAACUUUGGAAUGAAGGUAAAUAUUUCUUUCUGUUAUAAACCAGUUUGUUUCUCACUGUCAGUGAUUGCAUUUCUGUGGUCGAUGCAUAACCAUUGUACUUUGUUGAAUAUUUAAUAAAUUAGAGACAAACUCCAA